GCUCAGCCUAGUUAUAAAGCAGUUUUCACAGUCAGUCACCUGCUUUCACAGUCAGUCUGGGUCUAAGGAGACAUGGCCAUGAUAUACCCCAACAUGACAGACGAGUACUACGAUGAAUACUUCAAUGUAAUAUCAAAUUACAACAAUCAGCUCUGCAGCAACCCCAAUGUAAGUGCCUUCAGCCGAGUCUUCCUCCCUACCCUCUACAGCAUUGUCUUCAUCGUGGGUUUCAUUGGCAAUGGCCUGGUGUUGUGUGUCCUGGUCAAAUACCACAAAAGGUCGAAUGUGACAGAUGUAUGCCUCUUCAACCUUGCCCUUUCUGACCUCCUCUUCCUUAUCUCAUUGCCUUUUUGGGGCCACUAUGCCGCCAUCAAUGAGUGGACCUUUGGGGAUUUCAUGUGCCAUGCAGUGACAGCACUCUACAUGUUGGGAUUCUAUGGAAGUAUCUUCUUCAUGAUCCUCAUGACCUUGGACCGCUAUGCUGUCAUUGUCCAUGCCCAUACUUCCCUUUUCUCCAAGCACCGUUCUGUCAGAGCUAGCGUAGCUAUGGCUUUGUUUAUGUGGGCACUUAGCUUGGGAGCUUCUCUGCCAACCAUCAUUUUCUCCCAAGUGAAGAAUGAAUCAGAUGGAUGGGCAUGCACAGAGGUAUAUCCAGAAGGGACAGCGUGGAAGUUAUUCUCUUACAUUGAACUGAACAUCUUUGGCUUGAUUAUUCCUCUCUCAGUGAUGGUGUUCUGCUACACACAUAUCAUCCCCAUCUUAAUGACCAUGAAGUCUCAGAGGAGACACAAAGCUGUCAGGCUCAUCCUGGUUUUGGUUAUUGUUUUCUUCCUCUUCUGGACCCCCUACAACAUCGUCAACUUCCUGAAGUUCCUGCAUCACUUGGGCUACAUGACCAGCUGUCAGUGGCAACAGGACCUGAACAUGGCUAUGCAGUGGGUGGAAACCAUAGCGUUCAGUCACUGCUGCCUCAACCCCAUAAUCUACGCCUUAGUGGGGCAGAAAUUCAGGACUUUAGUUCUCAAGAUACUAAAACAGUGGUUUCCUGUUGGCUUUCGUCAGUGCACAACAAUCGUCAAUGAGUUCUCAGAGAGGAGGAGCUCUAUGUCCUCACGCUCCUCAGUGAUUUCCAGCACAAAGAUUAUGUAGCCAGAAGUUCAGCAGUUGAAACAUGGGUUAAUCAGAUAAAAUCAAAAUUGUAACCAUCAUUGGGUGUUAUCACCAAAGCACAUUUCACAAUUCUCCAUACUUUGGUUUGAUUUCCCCUUUUCUAGAGAAUGUUUUUGGUUACAUGUUGUCAUUAUUUUACUUUUUUAGUUAUUGAUGUUUAUGCAUAAUUUUUCAUGUUUAUGCUUAGUUCUCUAUUUUAGACAAACAAAGCAUGUAUUGCUUGCAGCAAGCAAAGGGUCUCAUGAGCCCAUUUUUUAAAUAUAUUUUACUGAAUCUAAUAUUCUACUCUUAUAAUAUGUAAUCACAUUAUAUUAAGGGUUAUUAAAUGUUUUUUUUGUUAUAUAUUUGUCAUACUAUUUGCCAUAAUGUAUAUGGAGCCCAUCUAUUAUUUUAUUAUUUUAUUUUGAAGUAUGAUCCUAGAGGUUUAAUAUUUCACCCUCUGUAUACAUGAGCAUUGAUGGGAUGCUAAAAAUACAUUUGUCUUGGUUGGUAUUCUGAUUAAUCAUUUCAAAAGCUCUGAAAAAUUUGCACUCUCAAAGCUAGAAAAAAUGUGUAAUGUCACAUACUGAGGGGAUAAUGAUGGGAUAAAAAAAAGUUCCCCCAGCUCAUUUCAUACAUAACAAAAUGUAUUUAAUUAUAAGUAACAAAUAAUAAUAAUAAUAAUAAUAAUAAUAUAAAGACAUGCUGUUAUAGGAAAACAAUCAAUGACAGGCUAGUGUGAUGUGGCCUGACACCAAACAGCAUUAUUUUUACCAUCCCGAGUAUUUUCCAAUAAUAGCAACUCCCAGAGUGUUUUAUA